AUGGAUCCGUCGCAGCACGACAACGCGCCAUCAGCGCAUCGCGGCAGCGUUUCCUCCGGCAUGAUGUCACCGACGGACACUCGAGCCAAUCCCCUGUCGAGGCAAACGUCCCUCGUAGACGACAAUCCUCAGUCGACAGACACCGUACGGCGGCGACCCGAGGGAUAUGGCACCAUCCAGGGGUCCCCGAGCAUGAGAAGUAGCCAGACGCUGGGUGAAGCAUCCCUCGACCGCCCGCAGGCCGCGCGGAGCAGUCAGGCUGGCCGCUCCACGUCUGCUGCAGGCGUCGAGAGGAGUCAGUCCUAUUCUCGCCUACGGAAACCGCCGCUGUCACGGCGUACAUCAGCCAACACACCGCACAAGAGAGAGGUCUUCUCCGCAGACGACGACACCCACGAGGUCGAGGCAGAUGCCGCCGAACGCCGCGCGGGCUUAUCGACGCGCCGACGCCCGCCUCCUCCAUCACUCGCCCGAAUACAGUCGUUUCGUAGCACCGAGGACGACGAUGAAGCCGAACGAGACGAUGAAGCCAGCGAGGCCGAGGAGGAGCACGGCGAGGAGGAGGAGGAGCUGCCGCUGGAAGAGCACGUCGACUGCGAAUCCGACGGCGACAUCAGCGAGGCGGAGAGCUUCACGCUCAAAGACAGGCAGCAGGCCAUCAACCAAACCCACCCGUUUGGUAUUCGCGUUUGGAAGCCUGCACUGUACAAGAAAGACAGAUCUAUUCAAAAGUUUGCGCAGGCAGACAUCCACUCCACGCCCGGUGGCAGGGUAAGCAACUGGUUGCUCCUCUUUAACUUGGUGUGGACAAUCUUCUUUGGGUGGUGGAUAGCCUGCUUUGCAGGCUUUGGCGCAAUCAUAUGCCUAUUGUUUGCCGCUGCGCCUAGCGGAAGGGAAUACGGGAGAGUCUUAUGGGGCCUGGCGGGCUACCUAUUCUACCCGUUUGGCAAGUUUAUUCGGCUCGAGAAGGAUGAGGCCUACUUGGACGAGGAUCAGGACGAGGGCAGGAGCAUCUCCGAGUAUGAGCAGUGGCAGAACGGCGACCUCGAGUACGGCCGGCUAUUCUUUGGACCCGACCGGCACCGUUCCAUCAUCGGCCGCUCCAGGAGGAGCAUCGACUCGGAGCCCAGCGAGACGGAGAGCUUGCUGGGACGGGGGCGUCGCGGUGAAUCUGGCGAUCUGCACCCCCGGAUGAAGCGAAGGUUGUUUGGCCGCGGCGAGUGGAACAUUGGCCGCAUCGUCUUCUUCGUCUUCUUCUACUGCCUCAUCUCGCCUUCGUUGAUCAUUGUGUCUGGUAUAUGCUGGUUCCUCGUCUUCUGGAUCCCCAUGGGCAAGGUAACCAUGCUGCUAUUCGACCACCUCAGGAGGCACCCUCUCGCCCUGUCGUUUGAAUCCCACAUCAGCUACGCGCGAGUCGACGACGCCCCAGACUCAUCCAUCCUGGUCUGCACCUAUCGGGCAGUCGGCUCAAAGUACUGGAAAUACACCAUUGACGGCACAAACAUCUUCUUAAUCAACCUCAUGGUCGUCGUCGUGUUUGUCAUUGCCGACUGGGCCAUCCUGGACCGGAUCCUACACGUGGAGAUGCUCCUCACAUCGCCCGCCUUCUUGUUCGUCGCGGGCUUGCUCUCCAUCAUUCCGCUAGCAUACUUCAUCGGCCAGGCCGUGGCAUCCAUCUCAGCGCAGUCCUCCAUGGGCCUGGGCGCCGCCAUCAACGCCUUCUUCGCCACCGUCGUGGAAGUGUUCCUCUACUGCGUUGCACUGAGCCAAGGCAAAGGCCAGCUCGUCGAGGGAAGCAUCGUGGGAAGCAUAUUCGCCGGUGUCUUGUUCCUGCCAGGCAUCUCCAUGUGUUUCGGAGCCCUGAAGCGAAAGACUCAGCGAUUCAACGCCAAGUCGGCCGGCGUGACGUCCACCAUGCUGCUCUUUGCUGUUGUUGGCGCUUUCGGCCCAACGCUCUUCUAUCAAAUCUAUGGCACCCAUGAGCUCAACUGCAUGGACUGCGAAGACUAUGGCAACGGCGGCCUCAACGGGGGUGCCGCACGCGACUGCCGACGGUGCUACUUCUCGCAGGCGCCCGCACUCGACGACCGGUUCUAUAUCGAAGCCGUGCGGCCGUACUGCUAUUGUGCGGCCUUUCUGCUCUUCUUUGCAUACCUCGUCGGUCUGUGGUUCACGUUGCGCACUCACGCCGCCGUCAUCUGGAACGCCGAGGUGGAUGAGAAGAAACACGAGGAGGCGAUGCACGCGUCGGUCACUCUUCGAGCACCGCAGCCGUCAACGGCCGAGGCCACCGGCUCUGAUAAUAUACGCGAAACGCAUCUCUACAAGCGCAUUCUAGGCCAGUCUCUCAAGCAGGUCGGCCUGCCGGAGACCUCCCGCCCGAGCUCCACGGCUGCCCAGGAUGCCGGUGGUGCCAACGGAUCGAACAGCACCCCUCACGUGGUGCCGCCCAGGGGUGCUGAUGAGGAACAGCCUUUGCGCCCAACGAUCAAGGUCCCCGGCCUGGCCCAGGUGGACAACAACCUGGUGCGAGAGGUUGCCGAGAUCGCCGCCACGGCCGCCACGAUUGCCUCCCGCGACCGGUAUACGAGUGCACACAAGCCGUCCAGCGCCGCCGGCCCAGCAACACCGCGGCCGCACGGUACCAGCCGAGCCAGCCACCACCCCGACCUCGAGGAAGACGCCGUUACUGCGGGAGCUGCAACUGCUCCCGCAGGGGGUCACGGCCACGACGCGCCCAACUGGAGCCGCACCAAGAGCACCGUGAUCCUGCUGGGAGCCACCAUCCUGUACGCCAUCAUUGCCGAGAUCCUGGUCGACACUGUCGACGUCGUGCUCGAGAGCUUCUCCAUUGACCAAAAGUUUCUCGGGCUGACCCUCUUUGCCCUGGUCCCCAAUACUACCGAGUUCUUGAACGCCAUUUCGUUUGCCAUGAACGGAAACAUUGCGCUAUCGAUGGAGAUUGGCUCCGCAUACGCCCUCCAGGUGUGCCUGCUGCAAAUCCCGUGCCUCGUGCUCUUCUCGGCCGUGUACCCAAACAUCCCUGCCGGGGGCGAUGCCGCCAUGUACACCUUUUCACUGCUCUUCCCGCAAUGGGACCUUGUGACGGUCGUCCUGUGCGUGUUUUUGCUCAGCUACGUGUACGGCGAGGGCAAGAGCAACUACUUCAAGGGCAGCAUCCUGAUGCUGACGUACCUUGUCGUGGUGAUUGGGUACUACUUCAGCGGCUACACCGAUGCGUCCAUGGGCCUGAAGCGGUUCGACGUGAUGGGGUCCGAUGGGAAAUAUCAGUCCUUCAAGACCAUUGGCAGGUCAGCAAGCGGGAGGGCGUUUCAAGCGAUUUGA